CAGAAUCAGACCAGCCAGGAUCGAUUGGUCAGGUCUGGGUGAAGGGAAAUGGAAGUCUACAGACGGGGAUAAGAGAUUGAAAUCCGAAUGUGGAACUUUGUUUUUGUCUGUGAGGAAAUACUUUAAGGGAAAUGUCUCUUCGGACCUUUUGUGUGCCUUACCUUUCACGCGCAAACCACUAAUGGGACAAAGCACUCGUAGAUUCCUAUCAGAUUUGAUGAUUGAUUUGAUCAGAUGAGCAGCCUCAGUCAGUGCAGCGAACAGACCGACAACAGCAACAGCCUCCAUUCCAGAGCUGCCUCUCCUCAGCCCCUGACUGCUGCACUACAGCAUGUAGACAGCAGUGCUUUCUCCUGGAGCUUUUGCAAAUGAAAAUGGAGGACGUGUCUCUGUCCAGUAUGGACAACAGUAAGAUGGAGGGCUUUGCUCAAGAGAUCCUGUCUGACCUGGUGGAGGACGCCUGUUUGGGGCUUUGUUUUGAGGUUCACAGGGCUGUCAAACAGGGAUACUUUUUCCUGGAUGAUACAGACCAGGAGAGUAUGAAGGACUUUGAAAUCGUGGACCAGCCUGGAGUAGAUAUUUUCGGGCAAGUGUACAACCAGUGGAAAAACAAAGAGUGCGUGUGUCCCAACUGCAACCGGAGCAUCGCUGCCUCACGGUUUGCUCCUCACCUGGAGAAAUGCCUCGGCAUGGGCCGCAACAGCAGUCGCAUUGCCAACCGAAGACUUGUGAGUGGCAACAACACAAACAAAUCAGAGAGCGAUCAUAUCGACUUGGACAUGUUUACAUCAUGUCUGCACUUCAGCACUCCACUCAAAUCACGUCAUAUUUAUCAUAUAGCAUUUUAUACAACAGAUUGA